AUGGACAUCUCCCGUUCCAUGUUAGUCUCUACGACUAACAAUACAGGUUUGAAAGUGUUUGAGACACCCCUAUACCUCCCACCCACUCCUACUCCUCAGACACCCCUAUACCUCCCACCCACCCCUACUCCUCAGACACCCCUAUACCUCCCACUCACCCCUACUCCUCAGACACCCCUAUACAUCCCACUCACCCCUACUCCUCCCACUCACCCCUACUCCUCAGACACCCCUAUACCUCCCACUCACCCCUACUCCUCAGACACCCCUAUACCUCCCACCCACUCCUACUCCUCAGACACCCCUAUACCUCCCACUCACCCCUACUCCUCAGAUACCCCUAUACCUCCCACCCACUCCUACUCCUCAGACACCCCUAUACCUCCCACCCACCCCUACUCCUCAGACACCCCUAUACCUCCCACUCACCCCUACUCCUCAGACACCCCUAUACAUCCCACUCACCCCUACUCCUCUGACUCACCCCUAAUCCUGUCACUGGCCAAUGGCACCCAACCAGUAAAAUGUUUAAAACAGCCCUCAGGCCCAAACAUGCUACACUUGAGAAAAUCUAAUCCUUACUUUAAGCAAACGUAG